CUGGCUGCCUUCGCGCUGAACGCGCUGGACGGGCCGGAGUUUCAGGCGGUGGCCCAGCACGUGGUGCAGUGCUUCCAUUGUCAGGAGGUGCUGGUCGGUUUCCAGGAGACGGCAGCCCGAUUGGCGAGUGCGGCUCCGGAGACACCGCUGCCGCCGGACCUGAAGACCCGCGUCCUGUCGACGGCAACACAGCCGGCCGACGCGGUUCGACCCCUGGCGGUUAUGCCGCCUGCCGACCCACGGUGGUCGACGCGGCGGUUGCGACGCUGGCUGGCCCCGACUGCCAUCGGCGUGCUCAGCCUGAUGCUGGCCGGCGCCAUCGGGGUAAUCGUGGCCGAUGAUCGCGAGAUUGAUCAGCUGACCGCGGCGUUGCAGGCGGUUUCGGCAGAAGCAGCAAUGACGUCAUCCACAGCGGCCGCUACCGAGUCCAUCGUCAACAUUGCACCCGUCGCCGCCGCCGUAUCAGCGAGCAGCGUUGCCGGCAGGAACGCGGCUGCCGGGGAGCGGUCGGGCACCCAUGACGAUCUGCCAAAGACGGUUGCGCCGCUUUCGGCACUCCCCGCCAGCAGCACCGCUUCGGGGGCGACGGGAGCAUCGGACGGAGCAUUGUCCAUCAGCGACGCAGCGGUCGUGGCAGGGGCCGAACAGGUAGAUUUGGUGAAGCAGGAGAUGGCCGACGUGGUGGCAGCGACCAUGAUGGCGUUGCAACCUGAUGCCGAGAAGCUGCCGAUGACAUCGCCCAUGGGGACAGAACCCACGUCCAAAGGGGUGCUGAUUGUUGACCCCACCGGGCAACAGGCCGUUCUGAUGGUAUCGGGGAUGCCCGCGGAUUCCUACCAGGUUUGGCUCGUGCGCGCCGACAAACAGAUGCUGGUGGGUCGCAUCGUUGUCAAUGACGACAACGGUAACAGCGUACAGUCGCUGGAAAUGGUUGAGUCCGUGUUCGACUUCCAGGAAGUGGCGCUGAUGCCCGACGAGCGACACGGGCCGACCACAGCGAACGGCGAAAAGUUCCUGACGGCUCGAAUCCUGGGCGGCCCGCCGAUUCCACCCAACGUGAAUCGCUAG